AUUCUAAGAGAGUUUUGAGUUCUGUUGUAUCUUGAAGAAUUUUAAAUCCCCAAAGAAAGUGAGAUUACACCUCAGAACAAUUCUUUUAUUCUUUUGUUAUUUAAUAUUUCUUAACAAUCUUAAGGAUUUAAAAUACGUUAUGGCUCUUCCUAUGAAUGCCAACAUCAAGUUGCUAAAUCCAGAUGCAAUUAGAUUGGAUAGGUUCAAUGGCACCAACUACAUGCGUUGGAAGGAUAAGAUGACUUUUCUACUAACAACACUGAAGGUGUCAUACGUUCUUGAUCCAAAACUGCAACUUAUCCAAGCACCAAAGGAAAACGAUUCUGAAGCAGUGAAGAAUGCAAGACUGAAGCGUGAAGAAGAUGAACUCAUAUGUCGUGGACAUAUUUUGAAUUCUCUCACUGAUAGACUUUAUGAUAUGUAUCGCAACAUGUCUUCUCCUCAAGAAAUUUGGAUUGCUCUGGAAAAAAAAUGCAAGCAUGAAAAGAAAGGUACGAACAAGUUUAUUACACUUAAAUAUUUUGAGUAUGAAAUGAAAGAUGACAUUUCCAUCAUGGAUCAAGUGCAUGAAUUACAAAUUUUGGUAUCAAGAAUGUCAAAGUCGGAGAUAAAGAUUCCAGAUUCACUUCAAAUUGAGGCAGAAAAUUGUUCAAGAGAUGCAAUAUUGGCACCCUUGAAAGUUAAUUAUGUGAGUCAAAAUUCUGCCAAGCCUUUCCAGAAUAAACUCAAGCCUUUUAAGAAAAACAUUGCUUUCAAGAAAGCUUCUUUCAAGAAAGCUUCCUUCAAGAAAAGUCAGCCUUGUUACCAUUGUGGUAAGAAAGGUCACUUCAUUAAAGAUUGCAAAUUCAGGAAUAAUGCAAGCAACUUUGGUUUUGGCACCAGUGCAGAAACAAGCAACAAGGCAAAUUUGAUUGAGCAUGAAUUGGUUACUAUGGUUUAUGAUAUGAAAGUCGGGAUGUUGACUGAAUUGAACAUGGCAAAUCCAACCAAGUCUAUGGAUUGGUGGCUAGAUUCUGGUGCAACAGCUCAUGUGUGCAAUAACAAAGCACAAUUCAAGUUUUAUGAAGAUUUGAAGGAACCAGAGGAAGUACUUAUGGGAAAUAAUGUCACUGCAAAAGUUAUAGGCAAAGGCACAAUGGAAUUAAGCAUUAAGGAAAUUAACACAGUGUACAAGAGAAACACCAAAGACAGUUACUGGAAACUAGGAAAGUUCACCUGAAAUCUGCCGUCGAAAUGUCAUGGGGUUUUAAAAGGGUUUUUGAGGAUAAGACUGAGGAAAAGUAAUGUUCUUGUAUAUAUUAUUAUAAAGAAUUCAAGUACAU